UAUGUGUGUUGUCGGUUUCCCACAGCGCCCCUUAAAAAAAAGCCUGAAGGACGAGAGGGAGUGUGUGAGUGAGAGAGCGGGAGCUCGUUUGCAGAAUCACAGCUUCCGACACUGGGGCUGCGACCAGAUCUUCGCUUGGAUUAAAUUGACUCUAAUUCAAUUAGUUACCGUUACGGGCCGAAAAGAGUGAAAACAGGGUAAUAAACGAUGGCAGGCGCAAUUAUAGAAAAUAUGAGCACGAAGAAAUUGUGCAUUUUUGGAGGGAUUUUGCUGGUUUUCCAAGUAAUUUCCUUUCUGGUGGGAGGUUUGAUCGCUCCAAGUCCAACUACAGGAGUUUCAUACCUUGCAACAAAAUGUGUGGAUGUAAGGAAGCAUCAUCAGAAAUCGAAGUGGUUCAUGCCAUGGGGUCCCAACCAGUGCGAAAAGAAAAUCCAGAAGUUUUCUGAAGCUAUGCAGCAACAGAUUGGAGCCAAUGAUAUUGUGUUUGCAAUCCAUGUUCCACACCAAACCUUGGAGAUGAGUUCCUGGUUUCAGUUUCUGCUGGUUGUUCUGCAGUUUGAGAUCGAAUUUCAAAUCGGCAAUGAGAUUAGUAAGUUUUGGUAUGAGGGAAGAGAGACAUUUGUUUUAGGAAAGUUGGUUCAUUUUAUUAUGGGCGGGGAAGGGAUAGUUAUAACAACAAUUUUUAUUUGUAUAGCACAUAGUGAUUUAAAAGUUUGAAAGUGCUUCAUAGAGUACUAUGAAUAUACGUAUGUAUUUUUAUUCCUGGAAAAAAAGCAAGCUACAUUGGAGCAGAUGAUAUAAAUGCUUGGUUAAGUAGUGUAUUGAAGAAAAAGAGCAGGGUGGAAAGAUUAAGGGAGGGAAUUCCACAUCUUGGAGUCUUGACAGCUAAAAGCAUAGCCAUCAAAGAUGUACGAAUUUAUAAUCAAAUGUAAAGAGAUCAGAAUUAGAGGACAGCAAAGAACUCAGAGGAUUGGAGAACUAGAGAUUGUAGAAAUAGGCAGAGGUGAGGCCAUGUAGAAAAUUGAAUUAGAGGAUGAGAAAUUGUAAUAUUGGAGCACUUUUUCAUUAAAUGGAAGCCACUGUAGGUCAACGGGUACAAGGUUGAUGGGCAAACGGCAUUUAGUGCAGGUUAGGACACAGGUAGCAUGGGAAGCUGGGCAGGAUAGUGUUAGCAUGGAAAAGUCUAAGAAAAGCAUGCUUGAGGAUUUCAGCAGCUGAAAAAGCUAGAGUAGCAAUGGGGAGUGGUGUAUUCUGGAGGUGGGAAUAAGCUAUCAGUGAUGUUGUUAAUAUGUGGUUGUGAGCUCAUC